AAACAGAAUCGUCUUUGGGCAUCAGUGUCUUCCAUAACACAGAGAAGAAUCAACGACAAGAUGAUCGCCAAGGUAGCUUUGCUGUGUCUCAUCGCAGUGGCUGUUUCUGCCAAAGUUGAGAUGGAGUACCAUCCACAAGCCGUACUUCACUACUUGGAGCUGAAGGAUCAGCACCUGGCGAGGAAGGUUCGAGGCAUGCUCAAGCUCGAUGCAGACUUCCCUAAGCCCAGCCCAACAAGUUUGCCCCCAGGUAUCUCGAAGGGACUCUUGGUAAGUAUUUUAGUUAAAAGUUGCGCUGCACCUCAAUAAUCAAAGCCUUCAAAGGUCCCAAUGCAAGUCUCAAACGUUUCGGUCAACAGAAAUUUUUGCUUCUUUGAUUGAAGUCAAGGAUUUCUUUCAUAGACACAUAGAAGGCUGCAUGAGUGCCACUUAAGAAUAGUAAGCCAAGGUUAAGACCAAUCAGGACCUGCUCACGCAGUAGAGCUCGGUAAGGUUUAUCGAUUUUCGACAUCUCGCCCUUAUUUUCUUACGUUUUUCUUUGCAAAAAUUUUGACGUGUUCAGAUGGAGGGUUAUUCCGUUUACUAAGAUCUUGGUUGUUGCUUUUCCUUUGUAAAAAGAAAAAAGACCUUAACCAGACGGGACUUUUAAUACUGUUAUUUGAAUAUUCUUUUAAAUAGAAACACUGUAUCGUUGAAGCCAUCAAAUGCCACCACGCAGCUGAUGAGGAUGCUUGUGGACAUUUAAAGUGCAUAAAAUCUACGGCUUGUUGUUUGUAUGUGGCCGGCGUUCGAAUAAAGCAUCUACCUCCAACUGUGGUAAGUUCCGCUCAUCAACUAUUUCACUUAACAUCUACUGAAAUUGAACUGAAAUAUAGCAGCAUCUCUGGUCCCUGAGGCCCGAAGCUGCCGGGAGGAUGAGGCACCUUAUGUUGGGCUACUGUUUCUGUGAAGGGCAUGGCGAGGUUUUCAUGCCACUUUUUUCAUGGAUGGAAUAUAGGAAUAAGAGAGUUUUCGUCUGGAAUAGGGUUUCGUAUCAAUAAUAUGAAGAAUCAGUACAAGCUAAGAGGUCUAGGGUCCCCGCGGCACAGCCGCACCCACAAAUUGAUAGAGUAUAUCCCUCGGGUUCGUGGUUUAGGUUUGACAUCUGAAAGUCUGGGUAUAUAAGUCCUUGGGGUACACUAGUACGAUUCUAAGGGUUUACCAGUCUAUUUCAAAUUUCUCUCCAAAGGAUGAUGAAAUUACGAAAUAGUGGUCCAGGCUAAAAACGGGGAAUUUAUAGAUUUCGUAAAACAAUGAAUGGUUUUGAAGGGAGUUUUUCAUAUUAACUGUGUUUUGGGGUUUCUUUUUAAAUUUACUCAAGAAAAAAUGUCUACCAAUCAUUCCGUGCUGCCUGGAGGGAAGCGACAGCUGCGAGGAGAAACUGGGAUGUUUCGUGAAGUUUGGAAAGUGCGCAAAGGUGCUUGGGGAUGAGAAAGACAGGAAGUAA